CCGUCGAGCUCGUGCGGGCCGGGCACGCGCUGCUCGUCAACCACGUCCAGGCGGGCGGCGGCGCGGCGGCCACGACGAUGCUGAGGAAGGUCCCGUGGGUGUUCCUGGACGACCACGAGGGCGGGGCGAGCGCCUGGGUCGGCGCCUUCGCGGCGCGGCCGGAUCCGGAGGGCCGCGCUGGGGGUGAGAGGCUCGUGGUCGGGUUUCGGGGGUUCCAGGUCGAGACGGCGUGACGGCUGCCUAGGGUAGGGGGACUGUAAUCAUGACAGGGCUACCGUGAGGAGGGAGAUGUUGCGAGAGGCGGGGCGUGGGUCAGCAUCGCACAUGCGUCUGAAGGUUAUGCUGUCGGCAGUUUUAAUAAGGAGAACCACUUAAUCUUGGACUACACGGUGCAAAGAGAGCUUAGUCUUCAUGAUUCUUGUUAAGCAAGGCAUCUUUCUGCAGGCUCCUGUGCGGUGAAAGAUGAGCAGUAAGAUAGUUUAGGGAGAACCUGAUGAAUUAACUAGGGUAU